AUGUCUACCACCUCCGAGAUCGCGCCCACCAAGUGCGUGGGCCCCGACUAUCGCGCCGAGGAGCAGAAACCCUCCGCCACCGUCUCGACCGCCGUUGACCUUGCCAACGUUACCGUUCUCUCUCAAACUCCCCAGCUCAUCGCUCUUCUCAGCAUCAUCCGUGACAAGGGUACCGACCGCGGCGACUUCAUCUUCUACUCCAACAGAAUCAUCCGUCUCCUCGUCGAGGAGGGUCUCAACCACCUCCCCACGAUCGAGCACCCCGUCACCACCCCCGUCGGCCGCGUAUACGAUGGUUUGGCGUUCCAGGGCAAGAUCUGCGGUGUCUCCAUCAUGCGCGCCGGCGAGGCCAUGGAGCAGGGUCUGAGGGACUGCUGCCGCUCCGUCAGAAUCGGCAAGAUCCUUAUCCAGAGAGACGAGGAGACUGCCCAGCCCAAGCUCUUCUACGACAAGCUUCCCGAGGACAUUGCCGACCGCUGGGUCCUUCUCCUCGACCCCAUGUUCGCCACUGGCGGAUCUGCCAUUAUGGCUGUCGAGGUGUUGAAGUCUAGGGGAGUUCCCGAGGAGCGCAUCAUCUUCCUCAAUAUUCUGGCUAGCCCCGAGGGCAUCAGCAACUUUGCUUCCAAGUUCCCCAAGCUCCGGACAGUAACUGCCUUUAUCGACCAAGGUCUCGAUGACAAGAAUUACAUUAUCCCCGGUCUCGGUGACUUCGGCGAUCGCUAUUACUCCAUGUAA